AUGGCCAUAGAGAUUGAGAAACCCAUAGUUGGGCUAUCAAAAAUGGCCACGUCAGAUACCCAUGGAGAAGAUUCACCCUACUUUGCUGGGUGGAAAGCAUACGAUGAAGAUCCAUUUGAUGAAGUUCACAAUCCAUCUGGUGUUAUUCAAAUGGGAUUGGCCGAAAAUCAAGUGUCAUUUGAUUUGGUGGAAAAGUAUUUGGAAAAACACACAUGCUCAGGGAGUGGAGUUUCUAGCUUUAGGAAAAAUGCUUUAUUCCAAGAUUAUCAUGGACUGCUUUCAUUUAGAAAGGCAAUGGCUAGCUUCAUGGAAAAAAUAAGAGGUGGAAGGGCAAGAUUUGAUCCUGAUAGAGUUGUUAUUACAGCUGGCGCCACUGCUGCUAAUGAGUUAUUAACUUUCAUCUUAGCUAAUCCUGGCGAUGCUUUGCUUGUUCCAACUCCUUACUAUCCAGGAUUUGAUAGAGACUUGAGGUGGAGGACGGGUGUGCAAAUCGUUCCAAUCCAUUGCGACAGUUCAAAUAAUUUCCAAGUUACUCCACAAGCCUUAGAAGAAGCCUACGAGGAAGCGGAAACCAAGAACAUAAAAGUGAGAGGGGUUAUUAUAACAAACCCCUCUAACCCAUUAGGUGCCACCAUCCAAAGGUGUGUGCUUGAGGGCAUUCUUGAAUUCGUCACAAGAAAAAACAUCCACCUUGUGUCCGAUGAAAUCUACUCGGGUUCCGCCUUUUGUUGCUCCGAAUUUGUUAGCAUUAGUGAAGUAAUUGAAUCAAGGAAUUACAUGGAUUCAGAGAGGGUACACAUUGUGUACAGCCUCUCCAAGGACCUGGGACUACCUGGGUUUCGAGUUGGGACAAUCUACUCUUACAAUGACAAAGUUGUGACAACUGCAAGGAGAAUGUCGAGUUUCACAUUGAUUUCUUCUCAGACACAACAGCUCCUGGCUUCCAUGUUGUCGGACGAGAAAUUCAGUGAGGAUUACAUAAAGACGAAUCGUGAAAGGCUGAGGAGGAGAUAUGAAAUGAUUAUUCAUGGAUUGAGGAGUGCUGGGAUUGAGUGCUUGAAAGGGAAUGCAGGAUUGUUUUGCUGGAUGGAUUUGAGUCCUUUAUUGGAAAAGCCUACAAAGGAAUGUGAAUUGGCCCUUUGGAACAGAAUAUUGCAUCAAGUGAAACUGAAUAUUUCUCCAGGCUCCUCUUGCCAUUGCUCAGAGCCUGGUUGGUUCAGGGUUUGUUUCUCCAACAUGAGUGAAAAUACGUUAGAAAUUGCACUCAGAAGAAUACAUGCUUUCAUGGAAAGAAAGAGAACAUAA